AUGGCCACCAGAACUAUUCACCUCAUCUCUUUUCGCAAUGUUUCAUCUCAACGAGCGCACUUUGCAAUUUUUGUUCCAUCGGCAACAGAACCCAAACGAGGGACUCUGAUCCACGCUGUCGGUGCACCCAUGGCAGGCUAUAUCCUCGAGUUCAAACGGAACUACUCUCCUGCUAUGACCCAACAGCGCCACGAGACUUUUCCGAUUGGUCAAGUUUAUUCGUCCAAUAUCGUCGACUCCGUGGACACAGCGAUGACCAAAGAUUCAACUCCCAGAGGCAACAUUGAGAUUGCUGCGUCUCAGGUCCCGACUCCUGGGAUCAGUCAGAACUUCAUGGCACCUGUCAAUGAUUAA